CGUCAUGAAACAUGGCGCUCGUGCGGAAAGGUGAUGCUGGACCACUGUGUUUACGGCGGUUUUGAUUUUCAUACGAACCCAGGAGUUUUACAAUGCUGGGAAACGACAAAUCUACUCAUUUAAUCGUCCAGGAGAGGUAGUAAACAAACGAGCGAGGGCGAACGAUGAAAAUUAACCGUAACUAAGACGCCGGUAGCGGUUAGCCUUAGCUUAGCUUCAUGAACGUCACAGAACUGUCCUGUUAGCUAAAGCUAAUAACACAACACAUGAAGCGAAUCGUACAAAAUGAGUCUUUGACACGGAUUGUAUACCAAUAUAGAUGUAUAAAGAUAUAGAUGUGCGAUUUCAGGCGUCAUUUGCGUUGUUUAUUGAGGUACAGUAGCUCUGGUUGUGGAUUAGCCGCAGUGCUGAGGAUGGAGGCUCUCCGUGGAGGUGUGUGUCUGUGUUUACUGGGAUUUGUCACACUAACACAAGCUGCUCCAGUCUCAUAUGAACACUCAGGAGCGUCUGCAGGAGAUCUCUCUCUGAGUGUUUCGCUGCUGUUGUCUUUAGCUGCGCUGCUGGCCCUCGUCCUAGUGCUGCUCAACUGUGUUUCCUGCUGCAAAGAGCAAGAGAUCAACUUUAAGGAGUUUGACGACCACUUUGAAGAUGAGGUUGAUUUCACACCCCCGGCGGAGGACACGCCCUCUAUGCAGUCUCCUGCUGAGGUUUAUACAUUGGCUGUUCCACCUGUGCCCCUACCUGGACCCCCACACCUCGAAUUGCCCCGUGUAGCAGACGUCUCAUCAAGUCUUCGUUUGGCGCGACAUUCUCUCAGUUACAUUCAGGAGAUUGGGAGCGGCUGGUUUGGAAAGGUCCUGCUCAGUGAGAUCUAUGCUGAACCCGCAGUUUCCCGAGUUGUGGUCAAAGAGCUGAAGCCCAACGCCAGCUCCAAAGAACAGAAUGAGUUUCUUCAGCAGGGAGACCCGUACAGAGUUCUUCAGCAUCCUAAUAUCCUGCAGUGUCUUGGUCAGUGUGUGGAGGCCAUCCCAUUCCUCCUUGUGUUUGAGUACUGUGAUUUGGGCGAUUUGAAGAAUUACGUGUCUCGUCAUGAUUGGCUGUACAGCAACGGUGAACUCCUGCAGCUGCAGAAAAUGGCCUGCGAGAUCGCCGCUGGAGUCACACACAUGCACAAACACAACUUCCUGCACAGUGAUUUGGCUUUGCGAAACUGCUAUCUUACGACUGACCUGACUGUCAAAGUAGGAGACUAUGGGAUCGGAUCGACUAGUUUUAAGGAGGAUUACAUAACCACAGAAGAUGACCAAUGUGUGGCUCUCCGCUGGCUUGCUCCCGAGCUGAUUGGUGAGCUACAUGGAGGCUUGAUUACAUCAGAACAGACUAAACCCAGCAAUGUUUGGGCAUUGGGAGUGACACUGUGGGAGCUGUUUGAGAGCGCGAAGCAGCCAUAUCCUCACCUGUCAGAUAGGGAAGUGCUCCAUCAUGUGCUCAAAGAUCGACAAGUCAAACUUCUCAAGCCACAGCUGGACUUGCCCUACUCAGAAAGAUGGUAUGAGGUUCUGCAGUUUUGCUGGCUGCCUCCAGACAAGAGGGCCACUGCUGAAGAGGUCCACCGCCUGCUUACUUAUCUCCGUAUGCAGGGCCAGAAAGACGUGGAAGAUGACUUUGAGCAGCGCUGGAGCUCUCUCAAACCCAAUCCCUCCACCCGUCAAGCCACCAUCAGUCACUCCUCUUUCCCCAUCCUAGAGCAGUUUGACGAUGGCAGAGAACCAGACGAGGUGCUCACGGUCACCGAAACAAGUCAUGGCCUAAGUUUCGAGUAUGUGUGGGAGGCAGCCAAGCAUGACCAUUAUGACAGUCACAGUCGGUCUGCCAUGGACACUACUCUGAAUUAUCACAGUAUGUUCUUUGCAGUGCCACGGCAAGAUAUUCAGGCUCACUUCCCUGACGCUGAAGCUCAAGCUGAGGUUAGCAGAGUCCCAGGGACCUUGCCGGUGUUUGACGCACAUAAAGCAUCCUCGGAAAAUGAGUAUUUCAUUAAGUUGGAGGAGCUGGAUGAAAGAAAAGUUGGGAUGGGGGAGAGUCAAGGUGCCGAUGGUUCCAACGAAUCAGAACAUCAACAGUAUGUGGUCUUACAGGAUGUCAGGCUCGAUGAGUCCAGCACAGAUGCCGAUUUCUUCCAUCAGAGCAUUGAUUCAAAAGACUCUUAUCUUCAAGAUAGCCACACUUGGUCCUCAAGUGAACAUGAAAGUCCUUACCAUGCAAACAUUUUUGGUGAGGGUGAUUCAAAACUGGACAAUUCUCAUCCAUUUGGGGGAGUUUUUAUGGAUCUCCCAGAGAUGAACGUCCCGAAGAGGGAUCCUGAUGGAGAAACAAAUAGUAGAGAGGCGAGUGAUGCGUUUCAAAAGACUCUUUUAGGGUUUGGACCAGAAGCUAGUCAUCUGGGGGUCUCAGAUCAAGAGAGUGCAGAUGUGAUGAAGCUUCUUAACACUGAGAGUCUUGCCGAAAACUUUUUGUUCCUCAAAGAUCACAACCUAAUGAAGGACAAAUCUAUGCCCGGCCCCAUCAUUGAGACUGAUGUCUCAGAUAGUGUAAACCUUACAGGUGAGUCGUUAAAAUCUGCUGAGAACUGUGAUCAGCUUAAGGAUGAAUUCUUGGACUUGGUCAACCCAAUCCUAGAAGAUUUUCUCUCGCCUUUGAAAGGAAAUGAAUCAAUGGUGCCUUUUGAUUUAUUAAUACCAGGAGAACCCCGUAGCAACCAGCUGCCAGAUACAAAUGGCUCUUUGCUUUCUCCGAAAGCUGGGGCUUAUUCUUCGUCCGAGUCUACCUCUGAAAGUGUCGAGGUCGUUGUUGACAGUCCAUCCGAUAGUCAUCGGUCUCUUGAAAGUGCCACUAUCGAUACUUUGUUCAUAGAUGCCAAAUCCCCCAGCCUUGAAAAAUGUUUUGGAGCCUCUAAGGAGAAUGGCCAGUAUGUUGGAGUCAGUGAGUCAACCGAGAUUAGCUUUAUUACUUCAUCUGUCGGUGGUGAAGGUUCCCUAACUGAAGCUCUAAGUACUGACCCAAAGAGGGAUAUAAUGGAGCUGGACAAGAUGUCCAAGGAUACUCUACCAUCAGAAGCCAUCGAUCAAGAUGAAACUUUAUUGGGCAACCAUGCAACUCAGGACACGUCCGCACUGUUGGUGUCAGAAUCGUCUCUUGACCGAUUAAGUCAGGAUAGCCUACUAGAAGAUAGCACCUUAUCCACUUUUCCAACCAUUGAGAACUCUGCCGAAACACCUGAUUCAUUAGAUUCUUUGGACAUGCACAGGGACGUGGUGCAUGGACAGUCAUCAGAAAAUCACGUGAAUAAGCUUCAACCCCCGUACAAAGCUGCUGACAGUGGGUAUGAAACCGAAAACCUGGAAUCACCAGAGUGGAACUCUCAAACUGAAAUGAGGGAGUCCUCUGAAGAGAGUGGAAUAGGUUUCGCUGUGGAGCCUACAGCACUUGUACCUCCAGAAAUUGUUGUGUCUGAGGUAGACAGCGUACCUGAUGUUCAGGAAAAUGGUGAUGGAGUUGAUCACCAGCAAGAGCCUGGUGAAGUUCCUUUGAGUGGAAACUACAGAGACUCCGCUUACUUCUCAGACAAUGAAGAGCUUGAUAAGAAGAGUGAUGACAUCAAUGGAAGCAAUCUGGUAGAUGCUUCAUUUUGGCUUCAGAGCAAUCGAGAAGCUGAUGGAGGGGAAGCAUUGCAAGCUGUUAUUGAGGAGCCUAUGGUGUCCGAGACCGUUACAUCACCUGAAUCUGGUCCAACUAAUGGUGAUGCACAGGUCAAAUGGACUCCUCUUCCUGAGUUGGUUCUCACUACGGAGGAGGACUGGAGCCAGGAAAAUGUGGCAUCUGUUGAUGCCUCUGAGUUUCCUGACCUUUUGUCAGACCAAACUCCAGGCCCACAACAUGAAACGACAUCCUCUACCUCAACCCAGCCGCCCCCUACAGAUGUCAUGGUUCAUGCUAAACUAACAAGAACGUAUGCUGGGGAUGUGAAAAAGAGGGAGUCGGAUAUGGAGGGGAGGUAUUUAGGAAAGCUUGACGGCUCUUCACUGGAGUUCAGGCCAGAGGAUGGAAUGGAUGCUGAUGAAGAAGAUGAAAACAGUGAUGAAUCAGAUGAGGACAUGCGUGCUUACCGAUUGCAUAGUUCCAGCUCGGAAUGUAGUGAGGAUGAUGUUGUGCACCCAGUACCUGUUAUUAUUUCAGAAAACAAUAGUUCUCUCAACCUCAAAAGCUUGCUGAAAUCCAAAUCCCCCCAAAGUGCUAAACGGACAAUGGAAGAGGCCAGUGACAGACGUGGAGUGUCCUUCUUUGAUGAUGUUACUGUCUACCUUUUCGACCAGGAAACUCCAACAAAGGAACUUGGUGAUCAUACCGUUGACCCCAGUAGACAAGUGUCUGAAUUCAGCAGUCCAGUGGCCUCUUCCAGCUACCUUAAUAGAUUUGCUAACUCUGAGAGCUCCACAGAUGAAGAAGGUGGUGCAUUUGAGUGGGAUGAUGACUUCCCAUCUCCAGAGCCCAGUUUCCUUUCCAAAGCAACCGGCGAUCAUUCUUCCACUAGGACUACCGGCUCUUCUGCGGCUUCCAAGUAUUUCUCCCCACCUCCUGCCAAUCGCACCCUGGAACAAAGUUGGAACAGCCCUUCAAACUACUCCCGCUUCUCCAUCUCCCCAGCCAGCAUGGCUAGCUUCUCUCUUACCCACCUCACAGACUCUGACAUUGAGCAAGGGGGAAGCGGGGAAGAUGGAGAAAAAGAUUAAUGUUUUAGAUGCAUAUUUAUAUGUUGAAGACACAUGCGUCGAAGACUUUGUUUGGUAAUUGGUAUUUAUUUGGAGAAAUGUAGGGGGCUGCACAGAGACCGAGCUCGUGGCAUCAAUGCCUCUGAAUGCCCUGUGACCACUUCCUGUAUUCUGCAGAUGAGAUACAAAUUUCCACUAAACGUUUUUCAUCUGUGCACUUUGGAGGAACUUUGCUUCAGACAAUUUCACACGCUUCCUAAGUGUCCUGCCUCACUUUUGUCGUCUGUAUGUGUACUCUCUUGCUCAUGCAUUUCUCCUCGCUGUUAAGCUGAAAUCUAUGGUUCAACCAGUGGAUCUUCUCUUAAACACUAAUGAGCUCACAGGCUCGUGCAAUUCAAAUUGUACGAUAAUCGCCUUUUACACUGGAUUUUAAUUUUUUUAACGUGAAAUCUGGUGUGAUGGUUUCGAAUGGUUCUAGAAGCAAGAGUCAUAUCAGUAUGCCUCUCCUGCACAGAUAUUUUUGUACAGUGUUUAAUAGUGCAUCACAUUCACCUGAACAACUCGCAUAGGUUCAGUGUUUUUUGUUAUUGAAAGAAGUCCGAAUUUGGGCAGCUGAGGAAUCAGGACAUGAAACACUAAUAAAAGUCUUAAAAUUAUGAGCCGUUUUCACCGUUCAAGUUUAUUCAGUAGGAGUCUGUAAAUCUUAAUGGCGGCACUUCAGGGUGUUUAUGUGAAGAAAACUGUGUUUCAACUAGCAAAGCUUCUUGAACUUGAGUAGAUUCGGUAUAAAGAUUAAUCUCACAAAACCUGUUAAUAACAUGUUUGAGUCAUAUUUAAGCCAAGAUUAAGAAGAAAUGAGGCUUUGCAUGAUGCAGUUUUUUUUCUGUAUGGCAAAUUUUCAUAAUAAAGCUAGUCACUUCUUUGAUUGAUACUUGCAUAAAUUAUAAUGGCUGACUUUUAAAUAAAUAUGACCCAAACAUUUUAUUAUUUAUAUAUUAUUAUUAGAGCUGUCAAGAUUAAUUGCGAUUUAAUCAUAUACAAAAUAAAAGUUUGUUUUGCAUAAUAUAUUUGUUUGUGUAUUGUGUGUAAUUAUUAUGUAUAUAAAAUACACACAUACUUUUUUUUAUUUAUAUAUAUAUAUAUAUAUAUAUAUAUAUAUAUAUAUAUAUAUAUAUAUAUAUAUAUAUAUAUAUAUAUAUAUAUAAACUUUUAUUUUGUAUGCAAUUAAACUUUUAUUUUGUGUGCAAUUAAUCGGGAUUAAUCUUUUGACAGAUAAUAAUUAUUAUUCAGAAAUCAUAUUUUCAGCUAAACCUUCAUCAAAACAAUAAGUCUUCUUGUUGAUUAAUUAUGAAAACACAGAUGAUUGUACAGAGAGACUGAAAUGUGAAUAUUAGCAGAAAUUUCCAGAAUCUAAAGGUGACGGCUGCUCGUAGCGUUAAGAAGGAAAUUCCAGUAUGAUCACUUAUAUGAAAUGUAAUUUUCAUUUUUUUUUACGUGUUAUUCAGUGUACCUCAAAGGUAAUUUCAUUUGUGAAUCAUUUAUAUUUGCUAAUCCAUCUGCUCAGAUUUUAUUUUCUUUUUUUGACAAUAAUUCGAGAUUAGAAAAACGAAUGUACAUAUAAAUCAAAUUAAAAUAAUCAGCGAGAUGAACUUUUGAUACCACUGAAUAUUUUCAAUGAUGAAGAACAUUGAUUUUGUUGUAUUGUGUAAAUUGCGAAACAGAUUUAUUUAUUUCUAGGGUUUAUCGUUGAAAUAAUCGGGUACACCUACUGUACAUCCCCUUGUAAUUCAGUACAUUAAGCUGUAUGUUUUAGACGAGUUGACUGUCUGUAUUACCAGCACGCGAUUUCAGUUCACUUUGUAAAUUCUUUGGUUUUAUUUGACAGUAUACUUUGCUUAAUCUUGCACAUCUUUAAAGUGUAACUUAAUGUUGAAUUGUGUAUAUAAAUGUUUAAUUUCGUCUGUAAAUUGGGAAUGAUGUAAAGCGUAGGAUUCAAUUUGUAAAGCGAAAGAAUGAGACAUAUCAUGGGUGUGAAAUUAUUAAAAUAUAUUAAAAAAAAAAAAAACGAUUAAAAAUGAAUGAAAUGGGGAAAUGCAGGUCAUCCUUAUAAUUUGUACAUUUUAAAAAUGGUGAUAUUUUUACUUCAUAUUGAUGAUGAUCAUGCUUGGUGUCAUUGAAGGAAUGGUUUAUAAUUAAUUACCCUGUUUAUUAAAUGAAAAUGAACUUC